GGAGCUCUAGUGGCAGGGGGAGUACCAGAAUGGAGGGCACGUGCUGGUACUGCAAGAAGGUUGGGCAUCCUUGGUUCAAGUGCUUCAGCAGGCCGGAGGGAUGGUUAAGGGAGCUAAUGGGGAGCUUGUGGGGCUUGGGAAUGUUCUGCUGGUUGAAGGCUUGUCUGCUAACCUUCUCUCUGUGCAACGACUGCAGAAGAGCAAGGCCGAAGUGACCUUUGGACCAACCAGCUGCCGUGCUAAGCUUGGGAAGAAGGUGCUGUGGAGUCUGGAAGAGGAGACCAGCUGCAUCAAGGACCUGUGGCAGCUGCCCAUCAUCCCAUGGAAUGGGAAGACUCCAACAGCAGCAACGGCAGCAGUGGCAAAGGCAACAGCAGGAGGAGAUGCAACUGCACCAACUGAUGGGGUGCUGGAAGCAGUCAAGAAAGUGCAGAAGCAGCAGACACAUGGUGAGAAGUUGGUGAAGAAUGGGAGCCUGAAGGGCUUGGAGGUGAAAGGGGAAGUGAAGGAGAUUGGGAGCUGCCCUACAUGCUUGGAGACCAAGUUCUCCAAGUUCCCCUUCAACAGUGCAACUGGACCAGCCAAGACCCCACUUGCACUUGUGCACAUGGAUGUGGUGGGGCCCACAAGAGCCCCUUCCCUCUCAGGCAGCCGCUAUUUCUUGACAAUUGUGGAUGACCACACUCGGGCAGUGUGGGUUUACCCUUUGAAGAGCAAGGGGGAGGUGGCAGCGGCUGUCCUUAAGGAGUGGAUGCCGAGAGCUCAGAGGGAAUGUGGACACAAGGUGAAGGUGAUCCGCAGUGACAAUGGUGGGGAGUUCAUUGGAGCUGAUUUUGAGGGGGAGCACAAGUAUGGACCUGAAGGGGAGCUGACCCGCUACAAGUCUAGGCUUGUGGCACGGGGGUUUCAGCAGACAAAGGGGAAGGACUAUGAUGAGGUGUUUGCUCCUGUGGGGAAAGGAACAACACUGAGGGUGCUGUUAGCGAUAGCUGCACUCCUGGGAUGGAAGAUACGGCAGAUGGACAUUGUGACAAUGAGUCCGCUGUGAAGCUCGCCAAGAAUGCUUGUCUGCAUGGGCUGACAAAACACAUAAGGCCUAAGUGGCAUUGGGUGAGGAGACUCCUUGAUAAGGAGGUGCGGCUGGAGAUAGUGAAGACCCAUCAGCAGGCAGCAGAUAUUUUCACCAAGCGUCUGGCGGAGGCGGAUCAUUGGAAGGGCA